GGAUAGCUGGCAGUGUGACUGUGUGUUUUUGCAAUUUUAACAAACUAAAACAUGAGACAUAUGCGUGUUUCAGACACCAUAGUUAGGCUAACGAUGAUGAUUUAAAGUUUUGUUUUGGGGGUGGGGAAAUGCACUGGAAAUCCUGUUGUUGUAUAUAGUAGUAUUGUGGUCUAGACGGCUUUCCUCAACCCCCUUCUCUGGUGCUGGCUAACAUUAGCAGGAUAGCCGUUGCCUCUUCCAUACCUUUGUAGAACAAGAGGAGAGUUGAGUUAGGAGACAUGGCGGAGACGAAAAUAAUUUAUCACAUUGACGAAGAGGAGACGCCGUACUUGGUGAAGAUUCCCAUAGAGUCUGAGAAAAUCACUCUGCUGGAUUUUAAACAGGUCUUGAACAAGCCGAACUACAAAUUCUUCUUCAAGUCAAUGGACCAGGACUUCGGGGUGGUGAAGGAGGAGAUCUCAGAUGAUAGUGCCAAGCUGCCCUGCUUCAAUGGAAGAGUUGUUUCCUGGCUGGUGUCCUCAGAUACUCCUGCAGCAGAGCCCCCAGCUCCUCCAGUAGAGGUCCCGUCUCAGCCCUCCCCUCCCCCUCCUCCCCUCCCUCCACCUCCAGCCGAGAGGACGGGGGGCAUCGGAGACUCCAGACCUCCGUCCUUCCAUCUCAACACUGUAGGCAGUCUGGAGACCUUAGACGAUCAGACAGAGACCGAAUCAGUCGUGUCUUUCAGGAGAGAGAGGCCUCGCCCCAGAGAGAGCCAAGAGCAACAUGGGCCACGUAUGAAUGGUCAGUCCCGUAUGGACAGACACCUGGCAGGCUAUGAGAGUGCGACCACAAUGAUGAGCAGUGAACUAGAGACCACCAGCUUCUGUGAUUCAGAUGAUGAUGAUGAUGAUGCAAUGAGCAGGUUCAGUAGCUCCACAGAGCAGAGCACAGCAUCUAGAUUACUGAAGCGUCAUCGCAGACGCAGGAAACAGCGCCCUCAGCUGGAAAGGGCCUCCUCUUUCAGUAGUGUAACAGAUUCAACCAUGUCCUUAAAUAUUAUCACAGUCACUCUUAACAUGGAGAAGUAUAAUUUCUUGGGCAUUAGUAUAGUGGGUCAGAGUAACGAGAGAGGAGAUGGAGGCAUCUACAUUGGCUCUAUCAUGAAGGGAGGAGCUGUGGGUGCUGACGGACGUAUUGAGCCUGGCGACAUGCUGCUGCAGGUGAACGAUAUCAACUUUGAGAACAUGAGUAAUGAUGAUGCAGUCAAGGUGUUACGUGAGAUCGUACACAAACCAGGACCCAUCAUCCUGACUGUAGCAAAAUGUUGGGACCCCUCCCCUCAAGGAUACUUCACCCUGCCACGCAAUGAGCCAAUCCGGCCCAUAGACCCUGCUGCGUGGGUCAGUCACUCUGUAGCACUGACAGGGGCUUUUCCGUCCUACCCUGGCAGCACAAUCACCUCUAGCUCAUCCGUCACUGAAACUGAACGCUUCGAUGAGUUUAACCUGACUCUGCGCUCCGACAUGGCAUCAGUCGCUAAGGCCAUGGCAUCUCCAGAAUCAGGACUGGAGGUCAGAGACAGAAUGUGGCUGAAGAUCACCAUUCCCAGUGCUUUCCUGGGUUCAGAUGUGGUUGAGUGGUUGUACCAUCACAUUGAUGGUUUUCAGGACCGUCGAGAAGCUCGUAAAUAUGCCAGCAACCUACUAAAGGCUGGCUUCAUCAGACAUACCGUUAACAAGAUCACCUUCUCUGAACAGUGUUACUACAUUUUUGGAGACUUGAACAACUGUGAAAAUUAUAUGGUCAACCUGUCUCUUAAUGACAACGAUGGCUCAAGUGGUGCUUCAGACCAGGACACAUUGGCUCCACUUCCAUUGCCAGGGGCAACACCGUGGCCCAUGCUGCACUCCUUCCAAUACCAGUACCCUCACCCCUUCUCCACACAGCCCCCUCCCUACCACGAACUGUCCAACUACAGCUACGGCCCAGGCAGUGCAGGCAGCCAGCAUAGUGAAGGGAGUCACAGCAGUGGCUCUACACGGAGUGACGGAGAAAGGAGAAGGGGCAGUAAGAGUGUAUCUGGCAGUACAGCGGGUGGGAGCACACUUGAUGAAAAAUCUCCUGGUGGGGGCGGGGCUGACUCACGUUCUGGCAGCGGCAGUGAAUCAGACUCCUCUGUUCGCAGCAGCCUGAGACGGGACCACGGCUCGGCCACGGCCAGUGAACACAGUCGCUCAAGUCAGCGCUCGCAUCAUCGUAUACCGCCCACUCACCUUGCUCCGUAUCCGCCUGGAAUCGCCAUCCCUUACAACCCAAUGAUGGUGAUGAUGGUGCCCCAGCAUCCACACCCACAUUUAGCACUUGGAGCCCCACACCUACAAACACCCUUGCCCCCCCAUCCUGGCUUGCUGCCCUCCAGCACUCCUGGUGGACCUCCUGGAGCUCCACCAACCCGAGACCUGGCCUCAGUCCCUCCUGAGCUCACGGCCUCCAGGCAGUCUUUCCACUUGGCCAUGGGCAACCCCAGCGAGUUUUUUGUGGAUGUUAUGUAAUGAAGGGGAAGAAAAGAUUCAAAUGUGUAUAGGUUGAUGCAUGAGGGGAUGGAUGAAUUAUUUGUAAUAGUGAUGACUGUGUGUUUUGCUCACAGUUGACAGUAAAUUCAGUUUACUAUAAAACAUGCAGGAGUUAGUGUUUGUCCUUACCGGUAUGAACAGGGUUUAUGUAAACAGCUGGAAAUGUAAGGGUAGGAAGUCAGCACAGACUUCAAACUCUAUUUCAUCUUUGUGGCAUAAAUUGCAACACAAAGAUAAAUGGCAACAGGGUCUGGCCAUCUAAAUGACUGUUUUGCGAAGAGAACUGGCUUACUCUUUCUCAGAGUGCUAUUUUUUUCCUUAAAUGUUUGACAGAUUUUGGGAGGCUCUAAAGCCCCUCAUCAAAAAUAUUUCUGAUGUGAAUUUCAAGUUCACUUUGACAAAUUCAAGUUCAUGUCAGGUCUUGUAAUGUGUGUCUGUCUUUGUGUGUUUGGGGAUUUAUUUUCAAAAUUGCUCAGUCAGGAUAGGGGCACUGCAGUUACACCCUUUUAAUUGACCAAAAUUAAGGACAUGAUUUCCACUGGAACACAAGCAUGUUUUUAAAAACCCAACCAAAUGAAGAGUGAAGCCACAGUGGUGACCUGGUCAUGUUGUCAAAUUGGUUUUAAUAUUAAACUAACCAAUGCUAAAAAUUUAAAAGUUUAUAUGCCUUCAAGAACCUUAAAAAGGAAUCAGUUUAUUAUUUAAAAUAAACUGCUAGUUACAAAGGUUUAUGUCUUCAAAUAAUGUUUAAAGUGUACCAAGGACAAUGCACUCUUUACUGUAUGCUUUAAAAAAAGAUUGUCUGUGUACUGCUGAAUAGAGCCAGGGUUUAUGGAAAUUAAUAUUUUCUUGUCAUUUUCUGGGAUUUCAAGAACUCACAAAACAUGGCUGUUCUGUCUGUUGGUAUUAGAAGAACGUUUUUUUUUUUUGUAAGAGUGCUAAGUGCUAAAAAGGUAGACGGAAGAAGAUUAACCCUAUAAAAAGGUAUGUUUAGGGUAGAAUGGGUUAUGUGAUUAUUCCCAUUUCUACUCCAGAGAUUGUUAUUUGUCUUUUUAUGGCUGAUAAUCAUAACCCUUUUUUAAGUAUGUGUUUAUUGAUAUACAGGUUAAAGUAUCCAGGUGCUACAUUAUAGAUAUGAUUAUUGAAGGAGUGCCAUGUUACUUUUGUAUGUCUUCAGUCAAAAUAAAUUUGUGAUAGAAUAAAUUCCA